AUGGCUUCCAACCAAUCUCAAAACCCUUACUCCAAACUCUCUCUCUCAAUCGAGGCUCCACCGCUACCACCAGCCGCCGCCGCCGACCAUCUUGACUACUCAAAACGAGCCCAGUGGCUCCGUGCCGCCGUUCUCGGCGCCACUGACGGCGUCGUCUCGACCGCUUCCCUCAUGUUAGGCAUCGGCGGCACCGCCGCCGCCACACGGGCGAUGGUCCUUACUGGCUUCGCCGGCCUUGUCGCCGGAGCCUGCUCCAUGGCCAUCGGCGAGUUCGUCUCGGUCUACUCGCAGCUCGACAUCGAACGGGCCCACACCAGAGGAGACGGGCUGCAGGGGAUCCCGCCGCCAAACCCGAUGCAGGCGGCAGCGGCUUCAGCACUGGCGUUUGCGGCUGGGGCGGCGGUGCCGCUAGCGGCAGCGGUGGUCGCCGGAGGGUACGGUGUUAGGGUUGGGGCGGUGGUGGCGUCGGCCACCGUGGCGCUGGCGGCGUUUGGGUGGAUCGGGGCGGUUUUGGGUGGUUCGCCGGAGGGGAGGUCGGCAACGAGGGUGCUGGCUGGAGGGUGGCUGGCCAUGGCCGUCACGUUUGGGCUCACGAAGCUGGUUGGGUCCAAGGGCCUUUAA